AAAAAAAGUAUUCAUUAUUUAAGCCAGAUUUUUCAUCCACAACAUGAGAACAAACCGCACAAAAACCAUAUGCAUAGUUUUUUGCAACACUGACCUGACGUUUAUGCUUAAUCAAUGACAAUCCAUCACUCUUAACCUCUAUUUAUAAUUUAUUGCUCAACUCCCUGAUCGUGUUUUUGCCUUUUACAUUUCUGCACUCGCGUGAAUGCAAGUAAACACUGAAUUAGAAGAUAAAAUCGGGAAAAUAAUCGAACGUCCCAUGAACUCCAUUUCCCACAAACCACUGCGACAGAGAGUUGUAGAGGCACUCAUUUAAAACUCGUUCGCUGCAUGGUUUUAGACAUUAGCUGUGUUUUUAAAUAGGUUCCAGUGUGCGUCGUAUUAUUCUAUCCAGUAAUAAAUACUUGUUGUCUUUCCAGUAUUGUCGGUCAAAGGUCACGCUGUCCUGUCACACGCGCGCCAAUUCUGUAUUUCCGGUUGAACAUACAGACAUGGAUCUGAGUGAUUUUGAGGCAGAUAACUCUGUGAGCUGCCGCUUGUCCUCGUCCAUCCCGGACGUGUGUAAGACAGAGGACUGCUGCCUGGGCAUCGAUGAGGCUGGCAGGGGUCCCGUACUGGGACCCAUGGUGUAUGGGAUAUGCUUCUGCCCUGUAUCCAGAAAGGAAGACCUGAAGAAUUUGAAAGUGGCAGACUCAAAGACGCUGACGGAGGCAGAGAGAGAGAACCUGUUUCUAAAGAUCGAUGAGGCCAAAGAUUUUGUAGGCUGGGCCCUUCAGGUCCUCUCACCAAACAUCAUUUCCACCAGCAUGCUGCAGAGAGCAAAAUACAAUCUGAAUGCGCUGUCACACGAUGCUGCGAUUGGUCUGGUGCAGUACGCUCUGGACUGUGGGGUGCAGCUCAAAGAGGUGUUUGUGGAUACUGUGGGUCCUGCAGAGAAGUAUCAGGAGAAGCUCUCCCAGCGGUUCCCGGGGGUGGAGGUCACCGUCCGUCCCAAAGCUGACUCGCUCUUCCCCAUCGUCAGCGCUGCCAGCAUCUGUGCCAAGGUGGCUAGAGACCAUGCAGUCAAAUCCUGGAAAUUUGCAGAAGAUUUGGACGAAGUGAACACAGAUUAUGGCUCUGGGUAUCCUAAUGAUCCCAAAACUAAGAGCUGGCUGCUGAAGUAUCUAGACCCAGUGUUUGGUUAUCCUCAGUUUGUGAGGUUCAGCUGGAGCACAGCGCAGACGCUCAUGGACAGUAAAGCUGUUGCUGUUCACUGGGACGAUGAUGAGGAAGAUGGAGAAAAAGCCGCUGCUCGUCAGAAUAACACCUCAAUGCUGUCGUAUUUCAGCCGCAGCAAACCGUCAGAGCUCUCACACACACGAGACACACACCGCUUUUUCACUGAGCGCAAACUACAGAGCAUCAACACACUCUGAAUACAAACACUGUCCAUCAACGAGAGCAGCACUCAACAUAUCACAAAAUACAUGACUGGAUAUGUCCAACAUUGUAUUGCAAAACGAUGAACUGUGCAUGAACCAGAAUGUAUUAUAUUCUCAUUUGUGUUUUUUUAUGGCGUGUAUUAUUAAUUUCUGGAUGUAAAAUAAAUAAAAUGUUUUC